AUGACCGCUUCAGCCGGUCGUCGUGGGUCCGUGCCGAUCCAAGCUGCAGCUCAAUCAGCUACGUUGGCCGAUUUGACCGCCACAUGUCGAAGAACAACGGGGAGAAGACCGCCACCACUCGUAAGUUACCUUUGUUGAGCUCAGAGAGUUGUAGCGAUCUCUAGACCAAGCGUGGAAGACGUAUCCUCUUCCCUCUCCCCUCAGGUCGGCUGCUCCAUCACCCUGAUCGAUGACCACGCCUACGUCUUUGGAGGCCGCUUGGUCCCUAAUCGAACCAUGGUCGAUACGCUCUAUUCCCUCUCCCUACGAACCCUCGAAUGGCAACUCCUCUGGCCUCCAUCCCGAUCAACCGAAAACGGUAUCGAUUCCACCGCCGAAAAACCCGAUCCGAAUUCACCCACCACACUCAAAGCUUUCGCCGAUGUUUCGAGUCGAGGACCUGCACCCAGGUACUUCCAUUCCGCCGAAGCGUGGGGCAAGAAAAUUGUUGUUGCGUUCGGUGAAGGGUAUUCGCCCGUACCUGCCGAUUCGGAAGCGGGCUCGAAAGACACUGGAGGAUCAGGAGCCGAUGGGGAUUCGAACGAUGGCUUCGGCGAGCUCUUCACUUUGGGCGAUGUAUGCAUUUGGGACAUCGAAAAGAAGGUGUGGGAGAUGCCAGAGAUCAAAUGUGCACCAGGGGUAGAGGGUCCAGAAGCGAGGUAUGCUCAUCUGGCUUGUAUCACCAGUGUUGGAGGGGGAUCGAAGGAGACGGGAGGGGAUAAGCAGGUGAUGGUCAUCAUGGGUGGGCAGGAUGUCAAGAAUACCUGUGAGUCUGAGCGUUGAACUUGUCAGCAAGUCCUUGAAGACUGACCAGCUCUCCGAGCUCACAGAUCUUCACUCGAUGAGCGUGCUCGAUUUGGGCUCGCUCACCUGGGUCCGGUCCAGUACGUGGGAUCGACAUAUCGGAACGUAUCGGGCCGUCGUGACAAGUGCUACGAAAGAGAUUCAUCCUGCGACUUCGUUCUCCACUUCGAUCAAUGGUGCACCAGCGGUCCUGAACGAGGACGAGAAGCACGCUUCACAAAAGACCGUGACGGGCACUGAGGCAUCGGACGAGCUGGCACUAGGUGGCGAAUCGAUGCGUCAAUUGAGCUACUCGACAAGUCUCGACUCUUCCAAGCCCCAACCCCUGCUCCUGUUCUCGAAUUUCAACUUUGCCCAAGUGCGAAGGAAUUUAGAUCUACUCGUCGCGCCGACCGAAGCCGACGAGUCGCUUUCGGCGACCUCGCUCUCGAGCUUGAUGGGCGGCACGUCCUUACCUCCGGGUCUACGUUUCCCUACUGGCAAGAUCGUCGGUCACCACCUCCUCAUCUUUGGCACGUUUCUCUCCCAAACUGUCAACAACUUCUCCAUCUGGUCUUUGGACCUCGGUCCCGGUGGAGCGAGUGGACUCGCAGCUCGUGCGGCUGCGCAAGAACCCUUGACUUGGUCUCGCAUCGAACCAGGGAGUGUCUUGAGCACAGGGAGUUGGAACCGCGCACUGGUGUGGGGCAACAGCGUCGUCGUGAUUGGGGAUCGGGAACGCGACAUCGCGAUCGAUUACGACCAUCGUCAAACGAACUUCGCGCACCUCGCGUUUGUCGACCUCGAGGCUUUUGGCGUGUAUCAGCCACCCCCGAGGGUGUUACCCCCUCUAGCUCAAGCACUGGGUUUGAUGACGCUUUCGCAACCCCAUCUCUCAGACUUUGAACUACGUUGCAGUGACGGCGUUCGGCUGUGUUGUUCGCGCACGCUUCUCGUCGAUCGAUGGCCUUGGUUCAAAUCCCAACUCGACGACUUCAAGCUCCGCGCCAAGGGGAUGAUGGCAGCUCAACAACGUCGAGUCGAUGCGGCCCGUACUCUCAAUAGCAGUAGUAGUAACGGCGAUUAUUCGGACGAUCCCACGAAUCACAAUCUCGUCGGCGGUGGGGAGGACGAUACUUUACUCGUUCGCGCUUCCGAAAUUGCGUUAUCAUCAACGACGGAAUUGAGGUUAUCGCCUCGGACGUUGGAUCUGCCAGAACCUUCGAUCGUCGUCCAAGCCUACCUCCAAUACCUCUACACCCUGAACCUGUCCACACCCCUCCAACUCGAUCCGCCCGUCCUCUCCGCCCUCCUCAUCUUUGCGAAAACGUACGAUGAUAAGGCGCUCAGGGCUUUGGUGACGCAUGCGUUGCAUGAGGUUUUGGAUCGGCACAAGGAAGGAGGCACGAGUGGGAUGGCGGCGUUGGUGUAUGAUGCGGCAACUUUGGGGGGUUGCAUGGCGUUGCAGAUUAGGGCGUUGAGGAUCUUGAUGGUCAGUCUUUCGGGGGAGCAGUCGGCAUCGUGAAUCAACAGGGCGUUCCCUCUAUCGUCGCAUUGGACCAAAUCUGA